AUGGUAGCUAAGGAUUUUAGGCUAAGUAGUUUCUUUGAUUCAAUCUAUAAUGCAUCUCUUCCUGAAAAUAGAAGUAGUAAAUAUUUAGAUAAGCUAGAUAAAAAAUUGGCAGUUGAGUGUUAUAUUAUUUGUAGUAACCAAAAUGCUAAACUAACAGCAUUUAAAAAAGACAUUUCACUUUUUGUAGAUUUGAUAGGGGUUUUUACAGAGGCUAUCGAUGCCUUAUCACAUGCUGGUAUAACGAUUUCACGAAGGCAUCUUGAUAGAGAGAAAACAGCUAUCGCUGAUAAUCAUUCGCAUAAGGUUACUUCAUAUCUGGAGAAUAAAAAAACUAAUUCCUAUUAUAUGAGACGAAUGGCUAAAACUUUUAAUGACCAGUUGCAUUACGAAAUAUCUUUGGACAAGAAGCUUGAAAAUAUGACUCUUCACAAAUACGAUGAUUAUAUAAAAAAACGACAGGAAGAGCGUAAAAUGAAAGAUACAAUUCUUUUAGACUUUUUUGAAUUAAGUCUAAAAGAUAUGGAUUCAUAUAUUAUUGCUUUAAAAGAAACCCUUAGCGGAUUUGAUGAUGUAUUCGUUGUUCAAAAAAAAUCUACAUAUGCGGAUAACGAUCAUUUGGCUUUAUUAACGAAAAAAGUGGAGGUUUUUCUUUUUGAAACCUUUGGUAACAUUUAUCGAAAGCUUGGUCAAAGCUCCAUCAUCAAGAGUCGGAAUAAAAAAAUUACCUAUAAGCUAGCGUCGUUAGACUUUAUUGUGAACAAAAAGCAAAUGCUAUUAGGAUUCAGCAGUAAGCAUUUGCCAGCAUAUGACAAAUGCGAUCAUUGUCAUAAGCUAUUACGCAAUAGGACAGGUAAAAGCUUUAUGGUUAUCGCAUAUGGUCAUGGAUACCAUGAGAGCUGUUUCACUAUUUCAUUAAAUAAAAAAUAUCUUUAUUGUGAAAAUGUUCUUAAAUUGGGUAUACGAAAUAAUGUUUCAUCUCUUCUUUCACGAUUAAGUAAAUUAGAUAUUAAGAAGUUAAAUCUAAAGGAAUUUAUUGAUGCCGACGAUGAUAGUCCAUGA